AUGGCGAUGCUUGAUGAGGAGCACGAAGACGCCCCUCGCCAAGUUGGUGAUAACGACGAGAACAUAUACAGCGUGGGAUCGGUUGCAGGCCAUAACGUUGUGAUUGGGUGCCUACCAGCAGGCCAGAUUGGAACCAACUCAGCAACAGCUGUUGUGACACAGAUGCGGGCAGCGUUCAAAGCCAUUCGAUUCGGCCUGAUGGUAGGCAUCGGCGGAGGCGUUCCCAGCGUAGAGGCCGACAUUCGGCUUGGGGACGUGGUGGUGAGCCAGCCGCAGCAGAACUUCGGCGGAGUGGUACAGUACGACCUUGGAAAAGCGACGCCGCAUAGGUUCGAGAGGUUCGGAGCGCUAAACUCACCACCUCGGAUACUUCUCAGCGCUCUAAGCAAGAUACAGGCGAAAGAAUGGUCGGGCAAGAGCACGCUAUCUAAACACAUAUACAUACUCGAGAGCAACCCCACCUUCUGUCGCAGUAGAGCAGGUCCCGAUCUUCUGUUCAGAGCGGCCUACAACCACGAACGCGGCCCAAGGUGCGACCAGUGCAGUGUCGAGAAUCUAGAGCCACGACUAGAACGCAAGAGCCAAGCAGAGGUCAAGGUACACUACGGAACCAUCGCGUCUGGCAAUAAGGUGAUCAAGGAUGCUGUUGAGAGGGAUAAAUGGCAGGCUUAUGGGGCAGGGACGGCAGCGGCGUAUGCGAAGGAGCUGUUAUCGGUGAUACCGGCAACCGACGUGGCCGCGUCACGCACAGUAGAGGAAGCGAUAAAGGAUGCCACGAAUGGCGGAAGCAAGCGACGCCUUCAGUCAUCAUCUCCUCAUCGUGCCCCUCACAAGCGUAAAAGGAUUGAGAAUCUCAGCAGCCCGGAGAGUGACUUUGGAGAAUGGCUCCUGAAGAGUGAGCAGUACCUCAGCUGGCUGGAUAAGACCAAGGUAGGUAAGCAUCAUGGCUUCCUAUGGAUCAAGGGAAAGGCCGGGACAGGAAAGUCGACGUUGAUGAAGUUCGCCUUGGUCAAUGCUCCCAAGACGAUGAAGGACUACAUUGUGCUCUCUUUCUUCUUCAACGCACGUGGUGGAGACAUGGAGAGGUCUACUAUCGGGACGUACCGCUCGCUGCUACUGCAGCUCCUGGAGCGUCUUCCGGUACUCCAGAGCGUCUUUGAUUCGCUCAGCCUCUCAUCAUCAAGCUUCAGCGCAGACCACCAGUGGAACGUCGAGUCGCUGAAGACGCUGCUAGAGCAAGCUAUAUGGGCCCUUGGAAAUUCGUCUGUCGUUCGGGACAUGGUCCAGUUCUUCGAGCACAUCGGCGAUCUAGUUGUAUCGAACGGCAUCCGCUUCCAGGUCUGUUUCUCGAGCCGGCACUACCCGCACAUCACAAUCCGCAACGGGUUGGAGCUCGUGCUGGAGGGGCAAGAGGGACACUCGCAAGACAUCACCAACUACGUCGAGACCGAGCUGAAGAUCGGGAAGAGCAAGACGGCACAGCGGGUGCGAGCCGAGCUUCAGGAGAAGGCGUCUGGGAUCUUCAUGUGGGUCGUUCUCGUAGUCGGCAUCUUGAACAAAGAGUCAGACCGUGGGCAGGUUCUCACGCUCCAGCGAAAACUACGGGAGAUCCCUGGCGACUUGCACGAGCUGUUCCGUGAUAUUUUGACGCGAGACACACACAACAAAGAAGGACUAGUCUUGUGUAUCCAAUGGAUACUUUUUGCAAAGCAGCCACUCAGUCCGGAGCAGCUGUAUCAUGCAAUCCUAUCGGGCGUCGAUCUCGAAGUCGUGGCAGAAUGGGAUCCAGAGGAGAUCACCAAGGACGUGGUUAAGCGAUUCAUCCUCGAUUCGUCUAAAGGUCUUGCUGAGGUCACCGCGUCUAAAGAGCAGAGAGUCCAGUUUAUACACGAGUCGGUGAGAGACUUCCUACUCAAGGAGAAUGGCCUUGGCAAGAUCUGGCCCGAGUUCGGAAGCAACUUCCAGGGCCAGAGCCACGAACGACUGAAGCAGUGCUGUCUCAACUACAUCAGCGUCGACGUCGCCACACCAUUAAAGAUCCCUAAUGACCCACUAAAAGCAUUCUCACAACAAGCAGCAAGCUUGCGCAAGUCAGCAACCGAAACAUUCCCUUUUCUAGAGUAUGCCACACGUAGUGUGCUGUAUCACGCGGACGCAGCAGAAGACGGAGGCAUCUCUCAGGCGGGCUUCCUCGACAGCUUCCCGCUUCCUCGAUGGGUUAAGCUCGACAUCCUGUUUGAGAAGCAUGAGGUGCGGAGACACACGGAACGCGAUGGAGACUACCGCAAUGCACUCCAGGCGGCUUCAGAAAGAGGCCACACAGAGAUCGUAAAGCUACUACUAGAUAAAGGCGCCGACGUCAACGCACAGGGUGGACUACACGGCAAUGCACUCCAGGCGGCUUCAGAAAGAGGCCACGCAGAGGUGGUGAAGCUACUACUAGACAAUGGCGCCGACGUCAACGCACAGGGUGGAGACUACGGCAAUGCACUCCAGGCGGCUUCAGAAAGAGGCCACAAAGAGGUCGUGGAGCUACUACUAGACAAUGGCGCCGACGUCAACGCACAGGGUGGAGACUACCGCAAUGCACUCCAGGCGGCUUCAGAAGGAGGCCACACAGAGGUCGUGGAGCUACUACUAGACAAGGGCGCCGACGUCAACGCACAGGGUGGAUUUGGACUACACGGCAAUGCACUCUAG